AUGGCAAAGAAAGUAAGCAGUGAACCAAUAUUAUCCAACUUAAAAAGUGACUCCAAUAGCAUCGAAUCCGCUAUAGCGGAUGAUGAUGAUGAUGAUGACUUCUACACUUCGUCAAAUGGCAGCACGGCACUGCUUAGUAGUGAUUCACCACAAUUGAUGCGUAGUGAUUCAACUACAUCGGUCCCGUUUUUAGAUCUAUCCAAACUAGUAUUUGCAAGAGACUUUGAUUUUGGGCUAGAUCUAAACGGUGUCAGUAGCACCACAAAGAGGAGGAUAAACAGUGUAAAGAACAAGACUAGGGAGAAGUUCAAUAUAUACAACAAGAAGGGUAACAUCGAAUUGGAUAAAUUGCAAGAUAUUUUAAACCAGAGGUUGACCAAGUUUGAUGAAAGAAUCCACAAGAAUCUUACCAGCACUUCGACUGAAAAGUUGUUCUACGCUAUAAGUGUGUUUGUCAUUGCUUGUGCUGGCUUCACAAUUGGCAAAUACCCGGAAUAUUUUCCUCAUUUCCACACAGGACUCUUUGUCGUGUUGAUGCCUAUUAGGUUCUACACUUAUUUCAAGCAAUCUUUCCAGUACUACUUGGCAGACUUGUGCUACUAUGUGAACUUGUUGUUGAUGCUAUUUAUUUGGGUCUUUCCUCAAUCGCCCACCUUGUUUGUGUCGGUGUUUUCGUUAUCCUUGGGGACUUUGUCGUGGGCUGUGAUUACUUGGAGAAACUCGUUGGUUCUUCACUCAGUGGAAAAGACCACUUCGUCGUUUAUACACAUUAUGCCACCAGUCACGAUGUUUGUCAUUGUACAUGAACUAGAUCCCGAAUACAUCAAGGAACGAUACCCUGGAAUUGCUGCUAUCGAUAGCUGGAACUUUUUCACCAGUCUCGUUGUCACCUCCGUAUACUACACCAUUUGGCAAGUUUCCUACCAUUACUUUAUCACCAUCAAGCGCAAAGCUGAAAUUGAAAAGGGUAAAGUCACCAGCUUUUCAUACUUGAAGAAGAAAAACAAGUCAACACCAUUGGGCAAAUUUGUAAAUGGCUUGCCUUAUUUAUGGAUGCAAACGCUAGCUUUCACGCUUAUCCAAUUUGGAUACCAAUUGCUUACAAUGUUGCCUUGCCCCAUUUGGUUCAAGUACAAGCAUGCAUGUGGUGCAUUUGUCACAUUCAUAUUCAUUUGGGCUAGUUAUAAUGGUGCCACUUGGUACAUUGAUGUGUUUGGAAGGAGACUAGAAAAGGAGGUUGAGAAGUUAAAGACAGAAGUGGGAAAGUUGCAGCAAGAAAACCACCAAUUGCAAUUCUCUCCAGUGAAUAAGCCACAGAAUGGUGAAGAAGUCAAGCCCUAUGACUUGAAUGGUGAAUUGAAGGAGAAUGCCGUCAGUUGA